AUGGCCCCAACCGAGUUGAAAGAAUUGAAAAGCCAACUGCAGGAGUUGUUGACAAAGGGGUUUAUCAGGCCUAGAGCUGAAGAUAAUGAGGAUCAUCUGAGAUUAGUAUUUGGAAAGCUCAAGGACUAUCAACUGUUCGCCAAACUUAACAAGUGUGAAUUCUGGUUGGAGGAAGUGAGAUUCCUCAAUCAUGCGAUAUCCAAGAAAGGAGUCAAGGUCGACUCGAGCAUGAUCGAGACAGUAGUGGAAUGGCAACCUUCUACCUCAGUGCAUGAGGCUGACAAGUAUGAGCAAAGUUUUGAGGAACUGAAAUGGAGGUUAACCAUGACCCCUGCUUUAGCUUACUCGAGCCUCACAAAGACAAAAACCGUUUGUGGUAUUGUCAAGUACAUAUUAGGUUGCAUCUUAAUGCAAGAAGGAAGGGUAGUUGCUUAUGCGCCUAGGCAAUUGAAGGAUCACAAAAAUAACUAUCCUACUCGUGACAUGAAAUUAGCAGUUGUAGUGUUUGCCUUGAAGAUUUGGCUUCACUACCUAUACAGUCUAAGUCAUACCCUUAGUAAAGAUGCAAUGGGGAGAUGCAGAAAACGAGAAAUUUACUUGGGAAAGUAA